AUGAUCUCUUUCCUAUCGAGGCACGCAAACUCCCAUCGUGUCCCAGAUCACAUUCAGUGUAUAAAAAAAGGGAAGUCUACUCAUCCAUCAGCUCUUCUCGUAUAUCUGUGCGGUUUUACGAAGCAUCUAAGCACAGUUCACUCGCGUUGA